ACGAGGACGGGCAGAGAACCAGAGCUAUAGAGAGGGAGAGUACGAACACUCAACAAGAUAACAGGAGAUACGUGUGGGAACGACUGCCCACUGGAAGCACACAUAGAGACACAGCUGUGUGUGUGAGUGUGUGAGAGAGCUCUGUGUGUUUCCACGGUUCUCUUGAGGCCGUGGCAGCCAUGGCGUCAGAGCCUAGCACCCAGUCCAGGGUGAUGUUCCAGGCGACGGACAAAACAGAGGAGCCGGCGCACCGCAAGCUGGGCAAGCUGACGGUCAAAUACAACCGCAAGGACCUGCAGAGGAGGCUGGAUAUCGAGGAGUGGAUCGACGGGCAGCUGCACCUGCUGUUCGACUGCGAGGAGGAAGAGAUUCCAGAGUUAGAGAUUGACAUAGAUGAGCUCCUGGAGCUGACAGACGAGGGGCAGAGAACCCGUCUACACGAGCUGUUGCAGGAAUGCGGAAAGCCAAAAGAGGAUUUUAUCAACGGGCUGCUCUACAGGAUAAAGGGUCUACGCAAAAUGUCAGGUCCCUUGAAGAAAUAAUUAUAGGUCAAAAAAAGAAUUUAGACAAUGAGGAUCCUCUUAUCUUUCCAUCUCCCAUGCAUUAGGGUUGACUGUAACAUGUCAGUGGGACUCUCUUCCUGCCCACCCACCCGUCCUGGGUCAGCAUCAGUCUUAACACCAGAGCAGACGGGUUUGAAUGGAAUUUUUGUAUUAUUAUUUCACUUUAAUUUAUGGACUGCUGUAACAUUUUGUCUCCCAUAAACAUAACAAUA